AUUUGAGUGGAUGUUUUGUACUUAAAUUCAAAAUUGUGAAUGUAUAAAAAAUAAAUUGCAUUUAAAACAACUUAAUUGGAAGUUUGUCAAAAAUUUUUGCAACCAAAUCAUUGAAAUUUUUAAAUUAGAUUUAUAAAUUUUACGUAUAGUAAAAAUAAGACUCUGAAAAUAUGUCUGGUGAAGGUGAUGAAGAAGAAUUGAUAUCAAAAACCGAAGAAGAGUUACGAAAUAUUCAACUAGUGAUACAUGUAACAAGAGAAAAUAUUGAUGCUCUGAAUGCAACUUUUGCAAAUUUACAGGAACCGCCGCCUAUGUAUAUAACAGAAUAUCAAGAGCUUACUUCAAAGUUGCACGAGUUAGAAGUGAAGGAGCAAGAUUUAGUUGACAAAUUAGCAAGCUUAGAAUCGCAAUAUGUUCAGUAUCAAAAAGAACCGGUAGAAACUGAAAUUGAUAUAGGAAUAGUGAAUCAACAGCAAAAAAAAUUGUUUUUAAGAGCUCAUUUACCUAAUCAACAAAGAACUUCUGUACAAGUUAUACCUGGAAUACGUUUACGUGAUGCAUUAAUGAAAGCACUAAAACGACGCAAUCUAAAUCCUGGAAUGUGUGAGCUUUCUACGACUUCGAAUGGGAAACCAAUUUCGUGGGAUACAGACAUAAGUAAUAUUCAAGCGGAUGAAGUUUAUGUUAAAGUUCUGGAUAAAUGUCCUAUUAUGACUCAUAUAUCACAUCAGUUUAUUAGAAAAACUUUUUUCAGCUUAGCAUUUUGUGAAGCAUGUCGGCGUUUAUUAUUUACAGGGUUUUAUUGUAACCAAUGCAACUUUCGGUUUCAUCAACGUUGUGCUGAUAUGGUACCUACUUUAUGCCAGCAACUUCCAAUGGACAAUUACUAUCAGAGAUUACUAGCACAAAACCCAGAGAGCACCUUAGGCUAUAUGAAUGCAAAUAGAGAUUCUCAAAAUUUUCAGGGACGACAACCACGUUUGAUAAGUCAGCACGAUAGAUCAAAUUCUGCUCCAAAUGUAUGUAUGUAUAUUGUUAAACCCUUAUCAGCUGAGGCUCAAAGAACAUUAAUGCAAACAAAAGUACCAUUUCAAGAACAAAAUUCAGAACAUUCUCAUUCGACGCAAGCUUCACCCACAAAUACACUUAAACAUCCUAAAAGGCAAAGAGCUCGCUCUGCUGAUGAAAGCAAUAAAAAUCUUUUAACUCCAAGAGAUUCUAAAUUGUCUGAAGAAAAUUGGAAUAUUCAAGCGGAAGAAAUAUUGAUCGGUCCGCGUAUAGGUUCUGGUUCAUUUGGAACAGUUUACAAAGCACAUUGGCAUGGACCUGUUGCCGUUAAAACUUUAAAUGUCAAAACACCAAGUGCUGCUCAGCUGCAAGCAUUUAAAAACGAGGUAGCUAUGUUAAAAAAAACCAGACACUGCAAUAUUCUGUUAUUUAUGGGGUGUGUGUAUAAACCCUCGUUAGCAAUAGUAACGCAAUGGUGUGAAGGGAGUAGUUUGUACAAACAUAUUCAUGUGAACGAAACGAAAUUUAAAUUAAAUACUUUGAUUGAAAUUGCAAGGCAAGUUGCACAAGGAAUGGAUUAUCUUCAUGCAAAAUAUAUUAUACAUAGAGAUUUGAAGUCGAAUAAUAUUUUUUUACAUGAAGAUUUAUCUGUUAAAAUUGGAGAUUUCGGUUUAGCAACCGCAAAGACAAGAUGGUCUGGUGAAAAACAGACAAAACAACCAACCGGUAGCAUUUUAUGGAUGGCGCCAGAAGUAAUUAGAAUGCAAGAACAAAAUCCAUAUUCUUUCCAAUCUGAUGUGUACGCAUUUGGUAUAGUUUUGUAUGAGUUACUGGCCGAACAACUACCUUACAAUCAUAUUAAUAAUAAAGACCAAAUUUUAUUUAUGGUUGGACGAGGUUUAUUACGUCCAGAUAUGUCUUCUAUCCGUUUGGACUGCCCACAAGCAUUAAAACGUUUAGCUGAAGAUAGUAUAAAAUAUGAUCGAAAUGAAAGACCAUUGUUUAGAUUAAUUUUAAAUAUGAUAGAAAAUAUGUUGAGAACGCUACCCAAAAUUCAUCGAAGUGCAAGCGAGCCUAAUUUGACCCAAACUCAAUUACAAAAUGAUGAAUUGAUGUUUUGUUCAAGUCCGAAAACACCAGUCCAUUUUCAUAACUUUCAAUUCUAUAGUGGGCCCAAUAAUAUUUAGCAUUGUUUUUCUUAUUUCUGUUAUUAUUCAACUAUUUUUAUUGAUUAUAAUAUGUUAUUAAAGUGCCAAUUUUUUAUAUUUAUUAUACAAGCCAAAAGUAUUUAAUUGCCCGUAAAGUAUAUUUUUCUUUAUUUUCUGUAUCGAAAAUUUACGCAUGUAAUUUCUUGUUUUAGUAUUAAAAUUUAAUUUAUUAUAUUUUAAGAAAUUUUUGUUUUAAGUGAAAAUUUUUAAAUAGUCUUUUUUAAACUUUAAGUAAAAUACAUAAAUGAUUAUAACUGAAUAAUGUAGAAAGUUAAUGUAUAUGUUUUAUUUAUCUGAACUAUAAAUUAUUUAUUAUCAAA